AUGGUUGCUGGAGCCACAGGAGGAAUCGGGCAACCUCUAGCUUUAUUGCUUAAAAUGAACCCACUGGUGAGCAACCUAGCUUUGUUUGACGUCACAGCUGCUACCCCGGGCAUCAGUGAAGAUAUAGCGCACAUCGAUUCACUGGCCAGAGUGACUUGCCACAUUGGUGCUAAUGAACUGGUAGGAGCUAUUAAGGGAGCGGAUGUAGUCGUCCACGCAGCAAGUGUAUCGCGGAAAUCGAGUGCUAGCGCAUUCGACACCAGUGCAUGUAUCGCACGUGACUUGGCCAUUUGUACUUCCCAAAAUGCACCCAAAGCAAUGACUGUAAUCAUCUCUAACGUUGUGAAUUCCAUGGUACCGAUCGUCUCGGAAGUAAUGAUAAAAGCUGGCGUGUACGAUCCAGGUCGAAUAGUCGGCGUUACCACACUGGACGUGAUUCGAGCCUCAGUUUUCAUAGCUGAGACAUUCGGUAUGGACCCUCGCAGCGUAUCCGUCCCCGUGAUUGGAGGCAGUUCAAUUAACACAAUUAUUCCUGUGUUCAGCCAAUGCAAACCUUCUAUUAAGUUCCGAGACCAAGAGCAAAUAAAAGCCCUCACGAUUAGAGUACGAGAAGCUAGCGAUAAGAUGACGAUAGCAAAGGCUGGUUCCGCUUCAGCGACUCUGUCCAUGGCUUAUGCAGCUGCUCGUUUCGUUGAUUCUAUAAUGCGAGGACUGCAGGUAUGUUAAUUAUACCCCAAAUGAAGUAGAAAGAUUUCAUCUAUCAAUGUCCACACUUCUGGGGCACAAGCCUUCCCUAUGUAAAUAGAAAUAGUAUGUAAUGAAAUCUGGACAUCUGGUCAUAACAGACCAUUUAGGUGUGCUACAGAAUGGCGGGUAGACCAAACGCGCGAAUCAGUAUCGAUUUAUGGCAUAUAUUUAAAUGUUUUAGUAAAAUAUCUUUACCUUUACAUGGCCUCAAAUAAAACUGGUUAUUUCCAGGGUCAACCCAAUAUUACUGAGUGCACGCUGGUAAGGUCUGAUGUGGCAACAGAUCUCAAGUACUUCUCCAAUCUGGUAGUUUUGGGCCGCAGUGGUGUCACUAAAAACCUAGGCUACGGAAACCUCAAUGAGUUCGAACAACAGCUUUUCAAAAAUGCUGUCCCUGAACUAAGUCAGGACAUCGAAAAGGGUGAAAAGUUCAUUAAGGAAGGAAGAAUAAAAAUGAAUUAGUUGGUAAAAAAUGUUGAACAGAGUGUAAUUAUUGUUCUUAACGAAAAUCUGGAAAAAUAAGAGAUCUAUUAAAUGCAGUAUUAAUGCAAGAUUGCCAGCCAUAUUAUUGCAGAUAAACUUUGCUAAGUAAAUAAUACAUACAUAUUAUGUCUGCAAUGUCGUCUGCUUGGUCCUAUUAAUAAGAUAUUUAUUAUUAAUAGUUUUUAAUAACUAAUUAUUUUAUUUUAACAAUUAAAAAAAUACAUAAAAUAUCUGUGUACAUAUUUAUUUAAAACCGUGGGUGGGUGUAGUGCAUUUACCAAUACUUAGGGCUGCCAGAAGGGUCGGAUUCGUCUGGAUUGCCCAGACAUUUCCUUUGAUGUCCGAAGUCCCGAAAAAAAAAACAAAUAUAUUCCGACAAAAAUUGCUAGACUCAGUAAAUUCUAAUACCAAAUACAUCUGGCAAUUUAAAAAAAAUAUAGUAAGUAUUUAUAUUAUCUGUUACAUUACAUGAUCUCGUAAUUUGCCAAAAAAGUAAGUACUUGUUAUUAUUUUAAAAUUUAUUAAAAAUGUGGAUUCUUUUGAUUAGUAUUUUUUUUUUGCCAAAAUGUUAUCCCAAAAUCCCUACCUUUUCAAAUUUUGCCCAGGUAUUUUUGUCUUCCCAUCUGGCAACCCUACUUAUACUGUUUGGUGAAGUGCAAAUGACAUGCACGACAUGACGUGACAACAUUACGGCCUCUGGGCUACCACU